UCUUUUUUAUUAGCAUUCCAGACGCGAUGAACACCAUAAUGUCUGCAUCUCUUUUUAGCUCCCACGUAUUAUUGAAGAAGACCCCCUCAUCAUGUUUGUCUCUAAAAAAUGGUGUUUUUAGAGACCACUUUACGGUUGUAAGCUCAAGGUUUCAAGCGAACUCGAAUUGGCUGGAUAAUAACAAGGCCGUGAACAAGUCUAUGAAGGAGGGGUGUUUAGGAGACUCUAGAUCAAUCAAAGUUGAAGAGGCUGAAGAAGAAGAUAACUCCAUUUCCAGUGGAACAUCAUCUACAGCUACUUUCCCCACACUUGAUAAAGAACUCAAUAAGGUGGUUCAAAAGACGGCUGCUACUUUUGCACCAAGGGCUUCAACUGCAACAAAGAAUCCUGCUGUAGCUGGAACCACAUUAUACACUGUGUUUGAAGUCCAGGGUUAUAUCUCAAUGCUGCUAGGUGGGGCUCUCUCAUUCAAUCUCAUUUUUCCAUCAAAUGAGCCAGACAUAUGGAGACUCAUGGGGAUGUGGUCCGUCUGGAUGUUCACUAUUCCAUCCCUUCGGGCAAGAGAUUGCUCAAAGAACGAGAAAGAAGCACUCAAUUAUCUCUUCCUCCUUAUCCCACUACUAAACAUCACAAUUCCAUUCUUCUUGAAAUCGUUUUCCGUUGUUUGGUCACUGGAUGUUGUAGCAUUUUUUGCAAUGUAUGCAUGGAAGUUCGGAUGGCUUCAGAAACAGUAAUGGUGUAAUGAAUAGAAUUUAGAUCCUUCAUGCCAAAUGAUCAUUGUCUUGGGAACCAUUAUAUUACACUCUAGCUUAAGCACAUUUGGGAGAGAGAGAGAUUUGGAUGCUUUGAACUUCUGUUUAGUGUUCAGUUGUUCACUACUUAUUAAUUUCUAAGAAAGUAAAUAUGCACCCUUUUCUGCCAAUGUGAUCUAGCCAAAUUGGUUAGUUAUGAGGCCUCGAGAUGUAGAGGACCUAGUGCUUUUCUUUUUACACCUAUUGUCACUUGUUAUUCAUAUGUACAGCAACUCUUAUAUUUGUACUGUUGAUUCUAUUGUUACCUUAAAAUAUAUACAUAUUUUUUACAAUUUC